AUGGAGGCGGAACCGACGGACGAGACGUCAGCCUUCUUCCUGCGAGAUACCAAGCGCAGGCUCUCCAGGCUCGCGGAGCAGUCCUUCUGCUACAGUGCCUUCGGUCUGCUCCUGUACUGCCGGCUGGCCUAUCCUGGAGGUAGUGCCAUCUGGGACUGGUCCGAGUCGACGUUCGGCUUUCCGGUGCUCUGGGCGGUGGUCUUCCUGCCGCUUUUUCUGCUGGACUG